UGUUGUGAGCGUGCCAAUUAACUCUUGGUUUAUUCAUGUUCCCGUGCGCGGGCAGCGGCUCCGGAGCUAGCCGACAAGCUAGCUAGCAAAUUAUACCAAAAUGCACAUCUGUCCGCCGGCCGAGAUGACGCCCUGAGGGUCGGAGAACUGUCUGCGAGAGGCGAUGCCGUUCGUGGAUGAAUAGCGGGAGAAUUUCGGCUCGUUUUAAUGACCCGUAACUGCCAUUUUUUCGGCCCCCGGAGCCACAGUGCCCGAACAAGAGAAGCACCCGAGCACGGAUGUGAGGAAGGGACCUAACGCUACCCGGGGGAGCGGUUAACCUGCUGGCUUUUUAUCGGGAGACACUCGGCGGGCUUGACUAGACGUUCCAGAUAACUCUUGAAGGGAACGGAUAAAGUGAAAGAAGUGGAUUUCCUUAAAGCUCUCCACACAGCUGUUCUCAUCUAUACCUGGCUGUCUUAAAUCCUCCGUCACGGCCCCCUCACCGAGCACCGUCUACGGUUCUUCAGUGCCACUUGCAGACAUGGAUUGGGCCACUCCAGCUGCCAAACUGAACCCCUACAGCCGAGCUCGUAUGACCGAGGCCUGGCAGCAGCAUGCGGUCGCUCCGCCACCAGUGGUCCACACCAUCCCUCCAGGAGCUGAGAACGCGUUGGGCUGCGCUGUGUACGGCAUCGUCCUGCAGCCGGAUGCUACGUCUCUACAGCAGCAGCAGCAGCAGCAGAACCAGCACGGACAGCACAGCCAGCACAACCAGCAGCAUGGAGGCGGACAGCACGGCCAGCAGCAGCACCCUGCCCAGGCCCAGCAGACCUCCCUGCAGGUCGGGGCGGAGGGGGGCCACAAGUGUGGGGCUUGUGGACACGAUAUCUCCCACCUGGCAAACCCUCACGAACAUCAGUGCAUGGUGAGUCAGGACCGGUCGUUCCAGUGCACCCAGUGCAUGAAGAUUUUCCACCAAGCGACGGACUUGCUGGAGCACCAGUGUGUUCAGGUGGAGCAGAAGCCGUUUGUGUGCGGAGUUUGUAAGAUGGGCUUCUCUCUGCUCACCUCUCUAGCUCAGCACCACACAUCACACAACAGCACCAACCCCAUGAAGUGUUCCAUAUGCGAGAAGACAUACCGGCCCGGUUCUUCUGGCAACGCCACGCCCAACUCCUCCAACAGUUCCCAGCAGGCCAGCAGCGACGGGGCGUCGGCCAGCAGCAGUUCGUCCAUCCUCCCCUUCCCCUCGGCCCGAGACCGGCCGUACAAAUGCUCCGUUUGCCAGAAAGGCUUCAAGCACCUGUCAGAACUCACGCGACACGAGCGGGUGCACACGGGAGAGAAACCCUUCAAAUGUGACACAUGCGACAAGGCCUUCAGCCAGUCGUCGCACCUGCAGCACCACCAGCGAACGCACAGCAACGAGCGGCCUUUCAAGUGCGCCGUUUGCGAAAAGAGCUUCAAGCACCGCUCCCACCUGGUACGCCACAUGUACGUACACUCCGGCGAGCACUUAUUCAAAUGCAACUUAUGCGAGCUGCACUUCAAGGAGUCGUCGGAGCUCCUGCACCACCCCUGUCACCCGCAGGGCUCUCGGCCGUUCCGCUGCGCCACCUGCGGUAAGGGUUUCAAGCGGCCGUCGGACCUCCGGCAACACGAGCGAACGCACUCUGAGGAGCGUCCCUUCCACUGUGAUGAGUGUCAGAUGAGCUUCAAGCAGCAGUACGCGCUCGUACGCCACAGACGCACUCACAAAGACCCCACCGACCGGCCGUUCAAAUGCAAUCUGUGCGACAAGGGCUUCAUGCAGCCCUCCCACCUCCUCUACCACCAGCACGUCCAUGGCAUGGACAACCUGUUCAAGUGCGCCUCAUGCCAGAAGGAGUUCAGCCAGUCAGGGGAGCUGCUCAGACACAAGUGUGGCGAGUCAUCCAACACCUCGCCAGACAAGCCGUACAAGUGUGAUGUUUGUGGUAAAGGUUACAAGAAGAGCUCCACAUUGCAGCGUCACCAGAACUCACACUGCCAAGAGAAGCCGCUCAAGUGCUCGCUGUGCGACCGCCGCUUCCUGUCCUCAUCAGAGUUCGUCCAGCAUCGCUGCGACCCGUCGAGGGAAAAGCCGCUCAAGUGCCCGGACUGCGAGAAACGUUUCAAGUACUCGUCGGACCUGAACCGACACCGGCGCGUGCACACGGGCGAGAAGCCGUACAAAUGUGGCCACUGCAACAAGGGCUUCAAACAGCGCGAGCACUUGACCAAACACCAGAGCACGCACUCCAGAGAGGGCCAGUUCAAGUGUGUUUGGUGUGGAGAACGUUUCAGUGACUUGGGCUCUUUGCAGGAUCACACGGUGCAGCACACGGCCGACGGAGGCGGUUACUCCGUUCCUCAGUGCUUAUAAACCCUCGGACUUUUCUCUCCAAACAGACAGAAACCCUGAAACACGCUGUCCUCUUGUUUGUCUUUUCUGGGUGAUUUCUUAACAUGAGUCACAUCCACAGGAUAGUCUCGAGCCGUUGUCCUUGCUUUCAUUCCCUCUCUGCCACAUCAGGUCAUUGUUGCUCUGCUAACCUGCUCUGUUAUCUUCCCUUCAACUCUGUCAUUCCAUGAAAGAGGAGGAACUUUUUCUGUCUUCUUAUUUUUUAUGCCCCACAUUCAACAGUAAAAAAGGCCACGACCACUAAAUUCAAUCAUGCUUCCUUCCUGGUGCCAUAAUGCAGGUCAAUAUAACAAAUAAGUCCCCACUGAUUUCCUCCUCUGCAGAAUUUAGAAUGCUUCCUGAUCAUCUUGGCAAAACUUUAGAGCCUUUGUUGUUGUUGGUUUUUUUUAAAGCAGUUUGACAGGAAGUCUUUUUUAAAUCAUUCCCUUGUUUUAUCUUUCCCUCUCAUCUCAUCUCCUCAGUUUCCUCCCUGCAUCAUCUCUUUUUCUCCCUGUCUCCAUCUUUAGCUGUUUAGUAUUGGAAGCCUUGAAAGUCACAUUUUGUUUUUGGGGCGAACUACGAAGCAAGUUUGACACAGAGGCUUUUCUUGUGUAAGCUGAAUCGACAAAACUUAAAAUUUUCAUCAGAAAUCAGAAGUAUCGUGGUGGUGGAGGCUUACUUUGUUAACCUGGUUUCUUUCUUUAGAAUCUCACGUAAAAUGUGGGUUUCAUGCUUUAUAUGACUCUUCUUCUGGACACAACUGACCAAUCAUGUGCCGCCUACUUCAGUCUGACAAACAGGUUGCUUUAAUGAAAAAUGUAAAACACUUUUACUACAAAUAAUACAGAAGCCGAAUACUGGUACAAAACUGUUAAACAUGUACGUUAAUGUAUUUAUUUUCCCACACAGAAAUUCUCAGUGUGUUCACUUAUUUCUAACAGGACAGCAACGUAUUUUAGUUUUCAAUUUAUUUAUUAGUUUACUUUGCAAGGACAGCGCACGAUUAAAAGUAAGUGAACAGAGUUAGCUAGCAGCUAAUUCGUAUCUGUUGAACGGAAUAGAAUAGAAUCACUUUAUUCAUCCCCAAAGGGAAAUUCAGUAAUUUGAUAUAUAAUUUAAGAUUUGAUACAAAUCACAUUAGUUUUUGGCCAAAUUAAAGCUAAACUUAUACUCUCCAAUGAAUACCAAUAAAAUGAUCAGUUUUCUAAACCGUGUUCAAUGAGUUGCAGAACCAGAGGUGUUUAAAGAAAGUUAGCUUCUGGCAGGAAAACACAUUAAUGCAGUUUUAAAUCACUAACUGAAUGUGUGUAAAGUCUUGUGGCAACACAACAUUCAGUUUGUGUAGCUGUACGGCUUCAUUUAGCGGUGUUAUUAGCAUAACGCAUAAUAAUGCUUUUUACAACCAAUUUAAAUGCCAACGCUGAACAGAAAGUCCUCCAGAGCAGGUUAGCUGUGUGAUAUCAGUUUCCAUGGCAAUCCAGCUGUGUAACAUCAGUUACCAUGGUGAUCCAGCUGUUCAGCAUCAGUUACCAUGGUGAUCCAGCUGCGCAGCAUCAGUUACCAUGGUGAUGUAGUUGUGCAGCAUCAGUUACCAUGGCGAUCCAGCUGUGCAGCAUUGGUUACCAUGGUGAUGUAGUUGUGCAGCAUCAGUUACCAUGGUGAUCUAACAGGUUAAAACAGUUUUAAUCUCCACAUGCUUCGCUAACGUGUUAUUCUUGCUUUGUAGUUCAGCCUCAUGUGAAGAAAGACCCAAACAGUCAAACCUAAGCAAUGUAUCAGCCUCUCUUCUUCCACUUCCUUCUGUGUUUUAGUGUUUAUGCUUCUUAUUUUAGAAGUUGCCUGUAAACUCCUCAACUUAUGUGAAGCAACACAGUAUAAUUUUGGGACUGUAUCGUCCUGCAAUGAAAUAAUUGUCCUGAUUUAAACCAAAAGACGAACUGACCAGCCGAAGUUAACCACCAGUUUGGUUAAUAUCGAUCUCCAACACAAACUUUUAGAUAAAAAAACAUUUCACUUGUCAUUGUUCCUGCAGAGGUCAGCGCUGUUAGACGUCUGUGUCCUGAAAACGUCCGACGUUCUGUUUCCUGUCUCAGCCUGUACAUACUGUGUGAGUGUACUUAGCCAGACGAGUUGGAAACUUGUCUUUCUUAAACAAACGGGGAAAAAAUGUAUUGAACAGUUUUGUAUUCUUGCUACUUUCUACCAUGUGAAAUGUUUUGACAAAAUGCUCUUUUUUUGGUUGUUUUUUAUGUAGUCCACAUAGUGACUGUGCCAGUAUGUCACGGGGAAUCUCAAAGAGAAACCUGCGCGUGAGUCUGAGUGCGUGAAUGUAAAAAAAAAGUAACGUAUUUCUGUCAAACAGGGAAAUUCAGACUGAAGAGAAUUGUAGUGGAACAUGUUUCAACAGACCUGCGCCUUUCUCUAUGUGUGUGUGUCUUUCUUUUAAACGACUAACCGUACUGGUCUGUCUGUGAGCUGUUUCUGCAGGUUUUCCGUGUUCAGUAUUUUUGAAAUGAUUCUGUUUUCUCCUGUUUCACGUCGACGUCGUGUCUGUUGGGUUCGAGUGAAUGACGCCCUCCUCCUCUCUGAAUGCUAUGAGAUUCUAGUCGCGCUUAAGAAGCCUGGAGUUGGUUUACAUGAAACGCCAUUGCUCCUUUUUUAAUUUUACCUUGUUUGUCUUCGUUUGGGAGCCUUUUCCCUCCUCUCUCACCUCCCUGUCUUUCACAAGGUUUGAGUGCAGUAUUGAAAAGUAUUUAAUACAAACUGAGGAGUAAUAUUUGUUUCUGUUCUGUUGUUUUUGCCUUGAACUCUCUGCCUCCUUCAGCUUUCGAGGUCAGACGGCCAUCAUGUUUUUUAUUUUAUGAAUCUGGCAUUCAAAAGAGAACAACUCAAAGUGUUUUUUUUUUUUAACAGUUUUGCUUUUCUUUCCGUUAUUUUGAAUCCUUUAAAUUGAUAUGAAACCUGUAUUCCUGGAGAGAGAGACCAGGGCCUUGGGGUGUGCGUUCAACUUUUAAAAGGCCAAAUCACAGAAAAGUAAAUAUAUCAGGAAUCGGUGAGGGCGGGUUCGUAGUUUGCCAAGAAUUGCGACUGCAUAAGGACUUGUUAAUUGGUGCUGACACAUCAUUAGAUGUGCACAAUAAAAAUAGAUGCUCCAGGUUGCAGAUAAGGACCUCGCAUAUGUUUAGUAAUAAUAAUAAUGACGAGUGUAUGUUAAAAGCCAAAGAAUAACUCAACUCCAGCCCAGCAGCACUCAUACAGUCGUUGGUGGUGCAUCUGCUCUGUGUUAUAUUGUUUAAAAUAAUCCAUAUCUGGGGCAGUAAGGAGAGGAAAAGCUCCUUUUAUAAGCACAAAUGAUUAAAUCCACUCUCCCGCAGUUUCACCGGUGGUUUAGAAGUCGGUCAGUCCGCCCGUUUCCUCCUCAGUUUCCGUUAAAACCCCCGUCAGACCCUGGUGUCUCUCGCUCUCUGCAUGCUCGCUGUGUUAGUUCCUGUGUUUUCUGUCCCUGGGAACCGGUGCUGGACCCCUCCAUCCUCCCCCGACCUCCUCCUCCUCCUCGCAGCACUGUUCCCUCUUAUAGCUUUUUUCAAAUUGUACUGUAGUUUAUGUGAAUGAUGUUGAAAAACAAAACUCUGAAAAGAAAAAAACUUUGUGGCGACGUCCAGUACGUGUACAUUCAUGCUAAGAUUAUCUGUAUGUAUGUAGCAUUCGAUUACACACAGCACUAACAAAUAAAACUUUUUUCAUUUAUGCA